AUGAAGACUGGCCGCUCGGGGGGAACGUGUGAUCUUGGGUGGCCAUCCAACGUUGUACAGGAGCAUCUUCCACUUUGCAGAACCUCAUUACCUAGCCGAUGUGCACCUUCGGCCACGGCGUUCCCUCCGUAUCGAAGCCGAUCUCAUGCGACCGACUCAUUCUUCAAAAGAACAUCCACCAUUUCGCCGUACCUUUCCGAUUUGCCGAGAACUGCAUAUUCUGCAACGCCUUCUUCGACGACGACGCUUCUUCCACCUCAUAGCCUUUCCAUCCUGCGCUGGGUCUCUCGUUUGCCGACCAGCACGCCAAACACCGGUGUGAUGGGCGACGCGUCGCGCUGCGCUUUCCCGACUGGCAGUUCCAGAGACCAAUCCCCCACGUACUCCAAGCCCCGAACCGCAAACGAACCGUCCUACUCCGAAAUUGAUGCGAAGCAGGGCCUUGAGGCCACCGACAAGACCUGGUAA